AUGGCGGAUCCUGAGCCCAAAAGAAAGAUUCCUUUGGUUCCUGAGAAUCUCCUGAAGAAGAGGAAAGCUUACCAAGCACUCAAAGCCACUCAGGCUAAGCAGGCACUUUUGGAAAAGAGGAAGCAAAAGAGAGGGACUCAGCUCAAAUUUAAGCGGCUGGAAUCAUUUGUCCAUGAAUCCCAUCGGGUUGUCCGUGAUGUAGCUCGUCUAAGGCGCCUGGAUUCAAAGCCUGGGUGCUAUGUGCUGAAGGAUGGACAUCACCUGGGCUUUGUGGUCCGGAUGGAGAGGAUUAAUGGAGUGAGUGACAAAGUGAUAAAGACAAUAGAGGAACUUCGCCUGAAGAAAAUUUAUAGUGGUGUCUUUGUUAAAAUGACCCCAUCUUCCUUAAAGAAACUACGAAUUAUAGAGCCUUAUGUAGCCUGGGGAUAUCCUAACCUAAAAUCUGUCCGAGAACUCAUUCUAAAACGAGGACAAGCCAGGAUAAAUAAUAAGAAAGUCUCCCUAACAGAUAAUACUCUGAUUGAGGAGUAUCUAGGGAAGUUCGGUAUCAUUUGCCUGGAAGAUGUCAUCCAUGAAAUCUACUCAGUGGGAGAGCAUUUCCCUCGAGUCUCAAGAUUCCUAUGUCCUUUCCCCUUGUCCGUGGCCCGCCAUGCUGCCAAGAAUAGAGUGGGCUUCCUCAAGGAAAUGGGCAAACCCGGCUACCGAGGUGAAAGCAUCAAUCAGCUCAUUCGACAGUUGAACUAGGCCCAGGAUCUCAGAAGAUUUCUAUUUUUUCUGAGUUUAUAUCCAGUAUCUUCAAAGAAGAUUUCUUUUCUGCUGGAACUUUCUCCAGGAAUUGAUGAGUUGAGAAGAAAAAAGAAUAUCAACAAUGUAGAAGGAAUUUCUCUACCUUCUAUAUUCUUCCUUAAGGAAGAAACCACAUUGGUUUAUCCAGCCAGCUUCAUCUUGGAUUAAAUACUAGUGACAAAUGAAGAGGAGUGAUUGUACUUGCUCUUCUGGGACUGGAAGCUAGAUUAAACCCAUCUCAGUUUUUCAUGAUGGCCUCUUGUCCAAAGAGCAAUUAGCUGUUUGAUCAUCUGUGAUUCUCUACUCUGAGGGUUGACUAUUAUAAAAUAUGCUUCAUCACUUUGCUCUCCACUCAGAAUAAGACAAUGGGACCAGAUCUGGAGUGUGAAAUAACCUUCAAGUAGUGGGCCAUCAUCUCUUUGACACUUUUAAUUGACUAGUGUAGAUGACUCAUUGGUCCUGCCUAGCAUUUAUGUUAGGUGGCUAUGCAUUGGCACCACUUUGGUGAGGUCCCAUUCCUUGGGAAAAUGGUAAUUGAAGACUGUAUGGAUUAUUUGCUAUUGGGGUUAUGACAAGGGAUAUUUAUCCUAUACUUGUGGUUUAAGAUCAUACCCAGGUAUUGCAGAGUUAUAUUGGAUUUUGAGGUAGCCCAACCUGUUCUUACCAUAACUAUUCUGGAUAUUAUAGCACACACACCUAGUAUUGUUUUAACUGGUUACAUCAUAUACAAAAUAAGAUGGAUAUUUUUUCGUAUUGAUCAUUGUUGCAAGAUUGUGGUUACCUGGUAUUUUAGAGAUUCAGAGAUGAAAUAAUUGUUAAUGCAAGUUAAAGACAAUUUGGAGAUGUAUAUGCAAACUGGUGGUGCUUAUGGUCGAGCUCCUGGAAAUGGCACUGAUGGAAAUACUGGUAAAGGUUAAAUCUGAACAUUCUAAGGCAGAAUUGGAACAAAAGGCAUUAAAUAAGGGAGACAAACCGUUUAACCUUUUUCCCCUAUGUGACCUUCUGGUAGUGAGAAAUGAUGGGAUUUUUCAUGUGAGACAGCACACUAGAUUUAGAGGAUGUGGAGAAUUUGAAAAGGAAAAUCCCUAACUUCCAUGAUGAUGCUGGCAAAUUUGUUAAAGAUCUUUCAAGCAUUUGUUUGACCCAGAUUUUGAGGACUGUUGGUAUGUUUUAGGGGAGAUAUUGACCAAUCAUGAAAGAAAUAAGUUUGUAGAAGAGACAAGAAAUACUGAGGGGAUGACACCAUGGCCAGUAGCCUGGGAGGAACUGGAUCUAAAUUCAGUUCCAAUUUACAGAAUACUUAAAUAGGCAAGGAAAUCAUUAAGGUAAUGAAGAAGAAUUCGAGACACCCCAAUUCUUGGUCAAAAUUUGAAAAAGUGAGGAGGACUAUUCAGGAGACACCAGCUACAUUCUUAGAUUGUAUUAUAGAAGCUGCAGAAAUUUACUUAGGCCUCAGUGUCUUGGAAGAUACCACCAUUGAGCAUAUCAAGUGCAUAUUUGUGAGAAAUGCUGUUCCCCCAGUGAGGAAGUUUUUCAGUGACAACUAUCCAGAUUGGGAACACUAUCCAGAUUGGGAACUUCUGAACCAUGUAACUGGCAUCCUUUUGUUAGUGUUCUUGUCUUUCAAAUGUCACCUUAAAGACCAUAUUAAAGCUCUUUAACAACAAA